UGCAUUUCACACGCGUAUCUUUUAGCAGUGAUCUGCAGUGACAAGCUAGAGGCGGCAGCGGUUUACACAAUAUUUUCAGAUUUUACAGGAUCAUUUGAAUGAAAUAAAAUUGUAACUAUGAUCCGUGCAACGACUCGAUUAGCUCGCGCACCAUUGAGGGGGAUUGCCGGGGUUACGGCUGCCGGUGAUAUUUCAUCAGGUUUAUUGAACCGAAAGUUUGACAAUGUGUUACUGCAAGCAACUCAUGUGCGGUAUAAGUCCACUCCUAUCAAUACAGUCAUUAUGUUUGUACCACAACAAGAGGCGUGGAUCGUCGAGCGAAUGGGAAAGUUCCAUCGAAUACUGGAACCCGGUUUGAACGUUCUGCUUCCCAUUGUAGAUCGAGUUAAAUACGUACAAAGCCUUAAGGAAAUUGCCAUAGAUGUUCCGAAGCAGUCCGCUAUUACCUCAGACAACGUCACACUUAGCAUCGAUGGUGUUUUAUAUCUGCGAAUCCUCAACCCUUAUCAUGCCUCCUAUGGCGUCGAGGAUCCAGAAUUUGCCAUUACUCAAUUGGCUCAGACAACCAUGAGAUCUGAACUGGGCAAGAUUUCGUUAGAUAAAGUUUUCCGAGAGCGAGAGUCCCUCAACAUUAGCAUAGUUGAUUCCAUCAACAAGGCGUCCGAGGCGUGGGGUAUCUCGUGUCUUCGAUAUGAAAUACGUGACAUAAAAUUACCGAGUCGUGUUCACGAGGCUAUGCAAAUGCAAGUUGAAGCGGAGCGACGAAAACGGGCAGCUAUUCUGGAAUCCGAAGGUGUUCGCACUGCUGAAAUUAACGUUGCCGAAGGAAAGAGACAGUCUCGAAUUUUGGCCUCCGAGGCCCAAAAGCAAGAAGAAAUAAAUCGAGCCAAUGGUGAAGCUGCUGCGGUUUUAGCAGUGGCUGAUGCUCGUGCCAAGGGACUAAAGAUGGUGGCGGAAUCCCUGCUUUCGAAACACGGUCGUGAUGCUGCUUCCUUGACCGUGGCUGAGAAAUAUGUACAUGCAUUUGAGAAUCUAGCGAAGAAAAAUAACACAUUGAUCGUUCCAUCAAACGCUUCCGAUGUGUCCUCAAUGGUAGCCCAAGCUUUGCAGAUAUAUGGCAAUCUCUCGAUAAAUAAUAAAGAGGUACAUCGCAAAAAGCCUAUAGAGGAUAUAUCGCAAGAAACACUCGACCGAAGGCAAGUCAACAAGGACGAAACUUUUUGAGCAAUAUUAUUAAGUGUAUGUAAGAAUGGAUCGUCAAACGAUAAUUUCAAACUGAAAAAAUACAUUCUGAGCAAGAUCGAUCCAUGCGUGAUCUAGUUCUCUCAUGUUGAACAAAGAAACAUUUAUUUUGUUUAAUUUUAAAACUGGAUGAUUAAAUAGAUAUUUCUGAA